UAUCGAACUUCCACAAUGUUUCUACGGUCAGGAUUUGUGGUUAUUAUGUUUUUCAAAUGUACACGUACCUGCAUUCCAACACAACAAGUUGACACAAACACAACAACUACAACUGUUGCCACAACAACGACUACAGUGUCCGAAGCUCCAGAUCCCUGCACAGUUUGUCCUAAAACAUAUGACACAACCUGCCAAGGAUUUGGCAUCCCUAAUUUGAUAAGUUGGUGUCCUACAGCCGAAGAAGUAGGAGUCACCUAUGUAGUUGGUUUACUCUCAAUUAUCCCACUACUUCCGUCGGAUACAUGCUCAACAACCAUUGUUUGUCCAUUAGGAACAACAGUAUACUACAAUGUUCUCGGUACAGAACUUCCAGGUCCAUCACCUAUUAUUGCGUGGUGCAGACAAUCGGGCACAGACGUCGGAACCUGGCACACUGGAAUUCCUCCGUUGGAUGUAGAAUUAAGUUCACUAGUAUGUCGACCUGUUGUCGGAGGAUAAUUGUUUUAUUUUUGUUCAAUUUUAUAAAUGUUUUUUUUCAAAGAAACAUCUAAAUUAUUCAA